CUGCUACCAUGGAGGUGUUUGAUGGAUCCUCCUGGAAGCUUCAAAACUAUGAAUUAACAUCUGCAAGAUCUGCUCACUGCGCUGUUCCUAUCAGUGAUAGUCAAGUUCUGCUGCUUGGAGGAUAUAGUAAAUCUAACAGCUACUUUUCUCUUGGAGGAUGGUCUAACAGCGACUUAUCUCUUGUAGAAGUCUACAGUAUUGAAGAGGGAUUCAUUGCAGAGCUUCCAUCAAUGCCAACUGCAAG